GAGUUUUAUAAGGUUUUAGCUGGAAGGUCGCACCAAAUUUACAAAAAAUUGUUUUGAUUGCUAUUUUCUGAAUUAAAUGACUUCUGGAAAGGAUACAAUGGGUGAACAACCUAUUUUCACAUGCAAGGCGCAUGUAUUUCACAUAGAUCCAAAGACUAAAAGGUCUUGGAUGCCAGCUUCCAGCUCUGCUGUCAGUGUUUCCUUUUUUUAUGACUCCUCCAGAAGUUUGUACAGGAUUAUUAGCGUGGAAGGUCAGAAGGCCGUGAUUAACAGCACUGUUACCCAUAAUAUGACCUUUACAAAGACUUCCCAAAAGUUUGGCCAGUGGUCUGAUGUUCGAGCUAAUACAGUUUAUGGUUUAGGGUUUUCUUCGGAAGCAGAACUUCAAAAGUUUAUCGAUAAAUUCAAUGAAGUAAAAGAAGCCACUAGAUCUGCAAUAAGCAAAGUAACUGCCAAUGGAGGAUCUGUUGUUACUCCUGUCACAAGUGCGAAUGCUAGCCCCAUUAGUGCAAGAGCUGCCACUGCUGCAGCUGAUUCAUCCACAGAUAACCUACUUGAACCUCCAGGAAAUUCUCUGAUGCCUUCUGCUAACCCAAAACCUGAGGAUGAUAUGCCACAUCCUCGCAGCCAUUCCAUUUCUGGCAUGCAAAGCAACGAAAGUCCUAGCCACCAGGUGAAAAUGGACAAAGGUCCUUACAAUACCAGUCCAAUAGAUAUGCAACUGAAAUAUGAAAAUGACAGGUUGAAGUUAGCAUUGGCACAAAGUUCGGCAAACGCAAAGAAGUGGGAAAUUGAAUUGGCAACAUUAAAAAGCAAUAACGCAAGAUUAACCAGCGCUCUUCAAGAAAGUACGGCAAAUGUGGAUGAAUGGAAAAGGCAGUUGGCAAGUUUGAAAGAGGAAAAUAUGAGGAUGAAGGCGAAAUACCAAGCUGAUUUGGAAAAUAGCAAAGGAGGCGGAGAUUUAGCAGAUGAACUCAGAAAAGAAAUUCAAAGCUUAAGAAUUAGAGUGGAGCAAUUAGAAUCAGAAUUGGAUAGUAAAACUAAUGAAAUGAAAAUGCUUUCUUCAUCCAAUACAUCGACUGAACUUCAAAAGGAAAACCAAGAACUCCAGAGCACAAUCAAACUAGCACAAUCAGAACUAGAAAUCGCCCAGAGCACAUACGAAUCUCAAAAGCACAUUCUUCUGACGCUUAAUCAACAACUCGCCUCUAGAAUACACGAACUAGCGGCCAUCCACGACGAGAUGACAACAGCGCUACAAACAUGAGAGAGAUAGCGAAUCGAUAAAGACCGCGUUUAUAUAGCGUAUGUAUAAGAUCUGAUUUUAUUUGUAAGAAGUGUACCUGCGUCUGGAGGUAAAGAAUGUUAGGAAUAUAAUUUUGCACAUACCCUUAGCUAAACUCAAAAUAACGAAAUGUAUCCGUAUAAUACUAGCCUUAGAAAAGAUAUUUGAUUCGAGUAUAGAGAGAUUUUUAAAAUCCAUGACUGGUAUAUAUAAUAGAUGUAGCAAUGAAGAUUUAACUAUAAAACUAUGUAAACUGUGCUACAUAUCCUGCAUUUAUAUCGUACUGGAGAAACCAUGAACUAUUUUAGCUUUUAAUUAUAUGUUAAGGACAAAAAUUAAUAUCAUACUUUUCGUUAUUUAGUAUCAUUUUAACCAGAAGUAUUUAGCAAAAUGACUAAGAAUCAUGAAUAUUUGAGAAAACCAUAUAUUAUCUGCCGCUCUAAAAGUGUAUUAUAAUGUUAUUUUUAUAAUUCACCUUAAAUACGCAGUUUGGUUUCUUUUAGAUUCAGAGAUGUUCAUGUAGCCCCCUUGAAGACGUCUAAAGACAGAAACAGUUGUCUGGGGAUGAUGAACCACCUCUGGAUCGAAAGGAAACAUAAACUGUCUUUCAUACAACUUUUACAAAAUUCGAUUUUUAGCAUGAAGAAAAAUCUACGCAAACAUCAACAAAUAAAACUUUUAAAAACAAGCAACUAACUGAAGAUAUUUUAUUAAUCAUACAGAACAAGUAAAAACUUCGUUUGUAUAAUGGUAUAGAAGGUUUAUUGAAAAACUAUUAAAAAGUCAUCCUAAAGGAUUCGCAAAACGUUUUCGAUCUAGAUCAGAUCAUCUUCAGUGCCUAGAACGAAGUAUUUGCAGGUUAGAAUGAAUG